AUGCGGAGACACGAUAUAGUAAAGCAAAAAAAAGGAAGCUUCGGCAAGAGGAAGCUUCGGCAUUAUGCCAAGAGGAAGUUUGGGCAUUAUUUUGAAUCUCAUAGCAUUAUGGUACUCACUAACUAUCCUAUACGGGGUAUACUCUCUAAGCCUGAUCUAUCUGGGAGAAUUACCAAGUGGGCUAUCGAGCUUAGUUCCUUCGACAUAACUUAUGAGCCAAAGGUGUCGCACAAAGGACAGGCCAUAGCAGACUUUCUUCUCGAAUAUGAAGACACUCCCGAAGAGCCGAUACACCCUGAACCACAGUGGGAACUUCGAGUCGAUGGCUCCUCGAAUCAAGCAAGUGCAGGGGUAGGAGUUGUAAUGUCAACACCCGAAGGCACCAAGCUGCAGCAAUCUAUCUGUUUGAGGUUCCCGACUACGAACAAUAAGGCCGAGUACAAGGCGUUACUUACUGGUCUUCGAUUGGCCAACAACCUCCAGGUACGUUGCUUAAAGGUUUUUAGUGACUCACAGCUUGUUAUAAAUCAAGUAACAGGUCAGUACCAUCCCAAAGAGGAAAGAAUGAAAGCAUAUAAAGAAGCUGUAGAGAAUGUUGCACGGGGAUUCGAUCAGAUCGAAUUCUAUCAGGUACCUCAUGUUGAGAAUGCCGAAGCAGAUCAAUUGGCGACAUCAGUGUCAUCCUCAAAUGAAAAUCUGACUUGGAUUGUGCCGAUUGACGUCCUGGACGAGCCCAGCAUUAAUCCUCCGCAGGAAGUAAUGGUGAUUCCAGUUGUUCCUCAAGAACCAUGCUGGAUUGAUCCAUUGGAAGCCUACCUCAAGCAUGGAGUUCUUCCAAACCAGAAGUCCGAAGCACGGAAGCUCCGUCUCACCGUAGCUAAAUAUGCCAUCAUUAACAAUCAGUUAUAUCGAAAGUCAUUUUCAGGUCCUUACCUGAAAUGUUUAAGCCCUACUGAAGCUCUUGUGGUGUUAAAACAAAUCCAUGACAGAGAUUGUGGCAACCAUUCUAGGGGUAGAUCCCUUGUGCAUAAAGUCCUGACUCAAAGUUACUUCUGGCCGUACUUAGCCCGGAAUGCAGAAGAGUAUACUCGGAGGUGUGACAAAUGUCAAUGUCACGGUCCUAUGAAGCAUCAACCUGCCGAAGAUUUGCAUACAAUGGAAAAUCCAUGGCCAUUCACACAAUGGGGGAUUAAUAUGGUGGGCCCGUUACCCAAGACUGUGGAACAAAAGGAGUACGUUCUACUGGCUACAGAUUACUUCACUAAAUGGGUAGAAGCCGAUGCCUACUCAAGUGUGACCCAUGAGCAAGUAAAAACUUUCCUUUGGAACAACGUCAUUUACCGGUUUGGGGUCCCAAAAGUCAUUAUGAUGGACAAUGGUAAGAACCUCGACAAUAGAAGUAUAAGAAAAUUCUUCGUUGAGCAUGGAAUUAUAUAA